GGUGACGUCACUGCGCACAGACGUCCGUCAUGGUGCUGCAGCUGUUUCGCUGACAAACAAUAACAAGCCGCCAGAAAAGCCGAGCUAAAGCAGGCCGACUCUCCCGCAGCUCCUGACGCUUCGUCCGCGCGAGCCGAGACCGCGGACGGUUUGUCAGAGUCGCUCUCGGCGAAGUAACUCUGGCCUCCGCUGCCUCCCCCGCCUCCUCCUCGUCCUCCGACUCGGCAGCCGGCGGAGCGUCGCCGCCGCGGAAGAAAGCCCGAGCGCGGGCGGCGGAGGGAGCAGGAGAUAGCGGGGCUUCUCUGGCGAGCGCAGGCCUAACAGCUCUUGUUUUUGGUCUCCCGUCUUUCUCUUCCGUCCUGUAUCCCCGCUCCGGCGCAGAGCCCCCUGACACCAACCCCCACAGAGUCGCUGGCCUCAGCGGUGCUAUCAUGCAAGCCAACGGAGCAGGACAGGGGCAAGACCCAGAGCUGCCAUGCCUGAACAGCGCCCAGAACGGAGAGUCGUCCGCGGCCGGCGGAGCGCACUCGAACGGGCUGCUGCUGGCCACCGCCGCGGACGGCGCCGCUACCGUCGGUGUCACCGCGGCAAACAACGGCCUCCAGCCCCCGGGCAGCUCCGCUGCUUCGGCCGCCACUUCGACCUUGGGUCCAGAAACGGGCUCCAGCAUGAAGAAGAAGAAACGGUUGUCAAAAGCAGACGAAGAUGUCAUCCGCCUGAUCGGGCAGCAUCUGCACGGGCUAGGGCUCAAUCAGACAGUGGACUUGCUGAUGCAGGAGUCGGGCUGUAGGCUUGAGCAUCCUGCUGCCACAAAAUUCCGCAACCAUGUCAUGGAAGGAGAAUGGGACAAGGCGGAAAGUGAUCUAAAUGAGCUGAAAACAUUGAUGCAUUCACCAAACGCUAUUGUGCGGAUGAAGUUCCUGCUCCUGCAGCAGAAGUAUUUGGAGUAUUUGGAAGAUGGAAAGGUCUUGGAGGCAUUGCAUGUGUUAAGAGCAGAAUUGACUCCUCUGAAGUACAACACAGAGCGCAUCCACGUCCUCAGCGGGUAUCUGAUGUGCAGUCAUUCUGAUGAUCUCCGAGCCAAGGCUGAGUGGGAGGGAAAAGGAACAUCCUCUCGUUCGAAACUGCUUGACAAACUCCAGACAUACCUGCCCCCUUCAGUGAUGCUGCCACCUCGCAGGCUACAGACACUUCUGCGUCAAGCAGUGGAGCUGCAGAGGGAUCGCUGCCUAUACCACAACACCAAACUUGACAGUAAUCUGGAUUCUGUGUCUUUGCUGGUGGACCAUGUUUGCAGCAGGAAACAGUUCCCGUGUUACACCCAGCAGAUCUUGACAGAACACUGCAAUGAGGUCUGGUUCUGUAAAUUCUCCAAUGAUGGCACCAAAUUGGCCUCUGGAUCUAAAGACACUACAGUUAUUAUUUGGCAUGUUGACCCAGAGACACACCUGCUGAAGCAGCUGAAGACUCUGGAAGGCCAUGCAUAUGGGGUGUCUUACCUGGCCUGGAGCCCAGAUGACGCAUAUUUGAUAGCCUGUGGCCCUGAUGACUGCUCUGAGUUGUGGCUCUGGAACGUUCAGACUGGGGAACUGAGGACUAAAAUGAGCCAGUCCCAUGAAGACAGCCUGACAAGUGUAGCCUGGAAUCCAGAUGGCAAGCGCUUUGUCACUGGAGGCCAAAGAGGCCAGUUUUACCAGUGUGAUCUAGAUGGAAAUCUGUUGGACUCAUGGGAGGGAGUUCGUGUUCAGUGCCUGUGGUGCUUAAAUGACAGCAAAACAGUGUUGGCUUCAGACACGCACCAGCGUAUCCGUGGCUACAACUUUGAAGAUCUGACUGACAGAAACAUUGUACAGGAAGAUCACCCUAUAAUGUCUUUCACCGUGUCGAAGAAUGGCAGAUUAGCUCUAUUAAACGUUGCAACUCAGGGAGUUCAUUUGUGGGACCUACAGGACCGAGUACUGGUGAGAAAGUACCAAGGUGUGACUCAAGGCUUCUAUACCAUCCACUCCUGUUUUGGAGGCCAUAAUGAGGACUUCAUUGCCAGUGGGAGUGAAGACCAUAAAGUGUACAUCUGGCACAAGCGCAGUGAGCUGCCAAUUGCGGAGCUGACAGGCCACACACGCACUGUGAACUGUGUGAGCUGGAACCCCGUCCUGCCAGGACUCAUGGCCAGCGCCUCUGACGAUGGCACUGUCAGGGUCUGGGGUCCUGCUCCCUUCAGUGACACCCAGGAGAUAGAGGGGCUUAGCGAAAUCUGUAGCAUGGACAGUUGAUGUUGACUAUGGAGCAAAAUGAAAAUCAAGAGUGAUGCUCACUAUGAACACUUCAAGAAAAUAAGGAUGAAUGAAGUUUAACAAAAAACUUGAGGUUUACCCCACCCCUGCCUGCCCCUGUAGCAGUGGAGAGGCUAAGCAAAAGCAGAGAUGCUGGACCACUUGAAUGAAACUCUCCCAGCAGCUGCUGGCCUUCCCCCUGCAACCACAGACAUGCGUGGUGUCCCUGUUUAGGUCGCAUCGCGUGGCCCUUACUGAGGAGGCUGAAUGGCCUCAGACUGACGUCUGUCUCCUCGUCUGCCCUCCACACUGCAGUUCUCUGAGGAGCUGCAGCUUCACAAACCACACCAAAACAAAUAAUUAUUUAUUACUGCUAUUAUUUAUUGUUGUAAAUCAGUCAAGGCCUCUCUGGCUUGAGUUGUAGUGAUGGUGUGCUUUGUUCUUUACGAUAUUCAGUCAGUGAAGAAAAGUGGGUUUAUUUCGUUUGUUUUUUUUAUGAUUAUUUUUAUCAGUUCUGCUGGUAUGAUGUGCAAGAAAAUCCCCUCUGCAUGUGAUCAUGUGAUGGGUGUGAGGGCAGCAUGGGUUUGGAAAUGGAAAUAUUGGAGGGGUUCUAGAGAUGGUGAUCAUAUCCUUUUUCCGCAUUAACUUUUUUCUUUUUUCAGCCACCUGUGUGAAUGUAAGCCUGAGAGAGUUUUUUCACCAGCAGAAUGUACCCGUCUUGUUUUUUCGCCAUGUUUAAAACUAUGAAAAUAAUCAUUUUAAUUGACUGAAUUUACAGACACUUUUAACAGUGGAAUCAGAUCCAUUUCGGUUUAUAAGGAAGAUCUUAAAAUGAUCUUGAUGUCCUUUUUUCUCCAUUAAAGAUUGUGGUACUUUAUAUAAGGAAUCUGAAUCUCGUUUGUGUAUGUAUGAUGGUAAGUAUAGAAGAACUUGACACUGAGGGGAUGAAUAAUGUUUCUCGCUACAUCAUUGCUUGCCAUGACCCAAGUUAAGAUAGGAAGUGUAAUGUUUAAUGAAUUGAGCUUGCUUGAAUCGUUUAAUCUGUCAGAAAGCAGCGACUAAACCAACAUAUAGAGACUUGAGCUUUCAGAUUCGGGCCCCUUGAGUGUUCUCACUUACCAGCAUGCUUCUUUGUUCUAUGUUGUCACCCUUGCUGACAGCAUAUAUAAGACCUUUGAAACUUACAAAGUUGUGAGCACAUGUAAAUAUUGACCAUCUGUAUUGCAAGAAUGCGAGGAGUCCUUUCCUUUUGGGUCCUUUUGUAAAUGGCUACUAGAUGUUGGUCAUAUCUGGAGUGUUAUUUCUUUGUUAGUUUUCUUUUGGAGCAGUAAGUACAAAAAGGUAAAGCUUUGUCAGUGGAUAAAUGAAUACAUGGGCUGUUGGCUUGAGAAAAAUCAUGUAAGAUAGGGCUUUAGUGGAUGGCUCAGUGUUUUGGGGCAGUUGGGUAAUGGUCAAUAUUGUAAUGGUCAGUAUCCAUACAGUUUAAAGGUAAAGUAAGCAAGCUAGUUCAUAAUUAGGCCUUCCAGUCAUGUCCCUUUUAUUUUUUGAUUUUCAAUCAAGUUUUGUGUGUGUAUUUACUUUAACCAUAUGUUCUAAUCCCUUGUUUCUUUUUUUUAAUCAUGAUUUCUUAUUUCUUAUGUCUUUGAUUUAUUGUGUUUUUUUAUGAUCUUCAGCUAUACCAUUUAUAAUUCUACAUCACAAAGGUCAGAUUUGUUUCUUCUUUGGAGGGGGGUAUCUGAAUUUUUUUGUUUUUCUAAAGUUAUAUCGAUCCUUUGUUUUACUCAUUGUUUCUCCUGAAUUAUGAUAUAAAGUAUUUCAUGGGAAGUGGCCUCUUAACUACUUUUUUUCUAUGUCAUGUUCUUAUACUUGCUCAUUGUUUUAUUCAUUUUUACACCCAGGUGUAGUGUGCAAAUAAUAUUGAGGUAUUCAGAGUGUUACAGUCUGGCCAUCAAGCAUAACAAACUUUGCCUACUAUGAUUUGCUUUGUAAUAUGUGCUUUGUGUGUGUGUGUGUUAUGGCAUGUAUUAUAAGACUGGUCAAGAGAAUCAUUUAGGCUGAGCGUCCCUUACCCCUCAGAUGAUGUUAUUUCUUUUCCUUUUCUUGCAUCAGGUAAGAAGCUCCUCUGUACAGGUUAUAUCCCUACACUCACCAGCCAAACCUGUUCAGUCACUGAGGAGUGACACGCGCGCACACAUACAUGCACACACCUUAGUACCUGUUAAAAAUACUGAAAUUUCACCAAUGUUAUGUUCAAUGUUCUGCUUAUGCAAAAUGACCUGUUUUCCUUUGGUGACUUAGUAUUUCAUUUGAGGGCUUGGUUUUGCUUUCCUGUGCUGUGAAAGCAUGGCUGUGAGCCUGCUCGUUAUCCACAGGGGCCCAGGGUGGAGAUACCAGGCAAACACAUGGUUUUGCUUCAGGUUCAGAAGGGUCUGUUUUGCAUUUAACUGUGUUAAUAUUCUAAGUGAUUGUACUGUUAUGUAAUGUGUAGGAGAAGUCUUACGUAUGCAUAUUUUCAAUAAAGCAUUCAGGGUUUUAAAAUA